AUGUGCCCCUCUCUUCUUCCAAGGUCUCUGCUUGAGACCCUGACGAUUGGGAGAGCUGCAUGUGUACGGCCCACCUCGCGUAGUUUCUCCCGCAUCGUUGUUCCAAAAUCAUCACUAUUUCAGACCGUUCGCCCUUUCUCUUCGCGUCCGGCCAUACGAGAUUGGGUCCCCACUCCAUAUGUUCAUGAAACAACUGCUGGCGGUUGGCACACCUAUGACAUUUUCUCCCGGUUGCUCAAGGAAAGGAUCAUUACGUUGAAUGGUCCCGUUCACGAUGGCUUGUCCGCAACCGUAGUGGCUCAGCUGCUUUUCUUAGAAGCUGAUAACCCAGAUAAGCCGAUUCAUCUUUACAUUAAUUCUCCAGGAGGAAGUGUAACAGCAGGUCUUGCAAUUUAUGACACAAUGAAUUACAUUCAAUGCCCCGUUUCAACGAUUUGUAUUGGACAGGCAGCGAGUAUGGGUUCUCUGCUGCUAGUUGGCGGGGAGAAGGGUAGACGCUUUGCCCUCCCUCACUCCAGUGUCAUGCUCCACCAACCAAGUGGUGGUUACAGUGGUCAAGCAAGUGACAUUGCUAUCCAUGCUAAGGAGAUCCUCCGGGUACGAGAGUCGCUGAACAAGAUAUACCAAAAGCAUCUAACAAAACCCCAUACUCUGGAUGAAAUUGAGAAAAUCAUGGAACGAGACCUUUUCAUGUCAGCUGAAGAUGCUCUAAACAUGGGUCUUAUCGAUGAAAUUCUUACCAAAAGACCUGGUUCUGGAAGCGAGUCGCUUGAAAAGAAGUAA